AUGUCUCUGCAGAAUGCUUCAAUCAACAUAACAGAAUUUAUAUUAACUGGUUUUGACACAACCAAAAGACCUAUUGUAGUUGGUGUGGUUAUAUUGAUUACCUAUGUUCUGGCUGUUUCAGCCAACAUACUCAACAUCCUCUUCAUUAUUUGUGAUAAGAGAUUGCACAAACCAAUGUAUAUUCUGAUUUGCAACCUUGCUGUUGUUGAUAUACUGUUCACCUCCAGCUGUCCAACAAUGAUUGGGGUUUUAGUUGCUGGGGUUAGUACUAUAUCUUAUGUGCCGUGCUUAAUUCAGAUGUAUGUUUACCACUUGGGAAUGGUAAUGGAGAUGUUUACCUUAUCGGUUAUGGCAUUUGAUCGAUUGAUUGCUUUUAACUAUCCCUUUCAUUACCACAGUUAUUUAACAAAUGUGCGCAUUCUUAUCCUAACUUGUAUCCUACUAGGCGUAGUAUUAAAUCUUGAGGCUCGCCAGGGUUUAACGAUUGGUUCCAUUGUUGCUCACCCUCUUUUAAAUCCUUUGGUGUAUUGUUUUAGGACAAAAGAAAUAAAAUGUAAGAUAUUUAGGAUAUUCAAAAAAGUUUAG